AUGUCCUCUCCGUCUUCGGCGUCUUCCGCGCGCAAAGUUAUCCUGGUCACAGGCUCGACCGGUCGCGUCGGGAAAGAAGUCCUCGCGUUACUCUCGAAACAUUUUAGUAAACGAGGAGAUGGUGAAGAAAAUGUUGAAAUUCGAGCAGCGACUCGGGAUAAAAGCGCAUACGCGAUGAAAUUAGGCGCGGACGAAACGGUCGAGUUCGAUUUAACGGAUAAGAAGACGUGGCGGAAAGCGAUGGAAGACGUGACGCAUCUGUUCUCGUCCACGCAGGAUAAGUACAUCGCGGAACACAUGCAAUUCGCGAAGUUUUGCCAGGAAACAGAAAAGAUUAGGAAGAACUUGAAACAUAUCGUCCGGAUUUCGUGUUUUGGCGCGGAUACGAAUACGAAUAAGUACGAUAAGAACACGCACGUUUCGAGAGACAAAAAUGCGCAGAUUCCGUUGAUGUUGCAGCACUACUGGUGGAGCGAAAAGUGUUUCAUCGACGCGGGGUUUAAAAACAUUUUGACCUCUAUUCGAGGGAAUUUUUACAUGAACCAUUUAUUGAAAAACGAGCUUGACUCUGUGCGAGAAAACGGGACGUUUACCAGUCCUCUCGGGGAGACGAAAAACUCGUUCGUCUCGUGCAACGAUAUGGGCGAAGCCGCGUUUACGGUACUUAAAGAAGGACCGGAAAGACACGGGAAUAAGUUUUACGACAUUUGCGGCGCGGAACCGACGUCCAUGCGCGACGUGGCGAGUAUCUUAACCGAAGCGUUGAAAUCCGACGUCGCGAAAGACUUGGAUGUCGCGAAAGACGUGUUCGGAAAAACGAUUUCGUACGUUCCGCAAGACCAAAAGAAGUUCGAGGAAGAUUUUGGUAAAACGAGAGCGGAGUUCUUCGAGUAUUUACAAAACGGAUUUUAUACGAGAUGUUCGCCGGAUUUUUACAACUUGACUGGGAAACGACCGCUCACGUAUUACGAAUACUUGACGCGAAAAGGCGCCGCCGGGGAUACCGGGAUAGAGGAAUUGUUUUCAUCGCAAGGCGCGUUGUUCACCAAAGGCGUGGACGAGUUCAAAAAUUUAGCCGACGUCGUCCAAAAGUAG